GUGGGCGGUAGAGGAAGCAGCUGGUGAUGCUGGAACGAACAUGGCUGCCCCGGCGCCCGUCUGCCCCUCGGGCCCCAGCUGUCCUCGGCUGGUCGCGGGCCUCCGGCUGCUUCCACUGCUGGGGCUGCUGCAGCUGCUGGCCGAGCCCGGCCUGGGCCGCGUCCACCACCUGGCGCUCAAGGACGACGUGAGACAUAAGGUUCACCUGAACACCUUUGGAUUCUUCAAGGACGGGUACAUGGUGGUUAACGUCAGCAGACUUUCAGUGAAGGAUCCUGAAGGAGCCACACACAGGGACUCCACUAUUGGAUUCAGCCUAGACCGUACAAAGAAUGAUGGAUUUUCUUCUUAUCUGGAUGAAGAUGUGCAUUACUGCAUUCUAAGGCAACAGUUUGUCUCUGUCACCCUUCUAAUCCUAGACGUCUCCAGAAGUGAGGUGAAAAUAAGAUCUCCUCCAGAAGUUGGUACCCAGUUACCGGAGGUCAUCUUCAAGGAUGAGAAAGCCCUUGGUCAGGGCCCGGGGGCUGAGGGUGGCCCUGUUUCGGCAGGCAGCCAGACGGAGAAAAAACAAGAGACUGGGAAGUCUAAAAGAAGUACAGUGGACUCAAAGGCAAUGGAAGAGAAAUCCUUCUCCAUUCAUAAUAAAAAUGGGACAGUUUCCUUUCAGUUUUUCUUUAACAUCAGCACCGAUGACCAAGAAGGCCUCUACAGUCUUUAUUUUCAUAAAUGUCUUGGAAAUAAAAUGUGGUCUAAUGACAAGUUUUCCUUCAACCUUGAUAUUGAUAUCACAGAGAAGAAUCCGGACAGCUACCUCUCUGCAGGAGAAAUCCCUCUCCCUAAAUUAUACAUUUCCAUGGCCUUUUUCUUUUUCCUUUCUGGGACCGUUUGGAUUCACAUCCUUCGAAAACGACGGAAUGAUGUAUUUAAAAUUCACUGGCUGAUGGCGGCCCUUCCUUUCACCAAGUCUCUUUCUUUGGUGUUCCAUGCAAUCGACUACCACUACAUCUCCUCCCAGGGCUUUCCGAUCGAAGGUUGGGCUGUUGUGUACUACAUCACUCACCUUUUGAAAGGGGCCCUCCUGUUCAUCACCAUCGCGCUCAUUGGCACUGGCUGGGCUUUCAUUAAGCACAUCCUUUCCGAUAAAGACAAGAAGAUCUUCAUGAUUGUCAUCCCACUCCAGGUCCUGGCAAACGUGGCUUACAUCAUCAUAGAGUCCACCGAGGAGGGGACGACUGAGUACGGCUUGUGGAAGGAUUCUCUGUUUCUGGUUGACCUGCUGUGCUGUGGAGCCAUCCUGUUCCCCGUGGUGUGGUCGAUCAGGCAUUUACAAGAAGCAUCAGCAACAGAUGGAAAAGCUGCUAUUAAUUUAGCGAAGCUGAAACUUUUCAGACAUUAUUACGUCUUGAUCGUAUGUUACAUAUACUUCACCAGGAUCAUCGCAUUUCUCCUCAAAUUUGCUGUUCCGUUCCAGUGGAAAUGGCUGUACCAGCUCCUGGAUGAAAUGGCCACGCUGGUGUUCUUUGUCCUCACGGGGUACAAGUUCCGCCCAGCGUCAGAUAACCCCUACCUGCAGCUUUCUCAGGAAGAGGACGACUUGGAAAUGGAAUCUGUCGUGACGACAUCAGGGGUGAUGGAGAAUAUGAAGAAAGUGAAGAAGGUGACCAACGGCUCGGUGGAGCCCCAGGGCGAGUGGGAAGGCACCGCAUGAUGGAGCACCGCUGAGGCUGCACCAUCCGAGAAAACGUUUCAGUGCUUAAAGUCCUGAGGGUGAGCAAGAGCGGUCGGUACCGCCCGACAGUGCCACCACGGAGCACGUGACUGGGAGUGAAGUGCCGCGGACACCUGCUUUUUUUUCACUCUCUUUUAUGGAAACUGGACCUGUGGCUGGUCAUAGGCAGCUGGCAUUCUCCUUCAGGCGGCAAUGGUGGGGAGGGGGCGUCGCAAGGAGCAGGGGAAAAGGAAGGCUUGGUUUUAGUUCACAUAUAUAUUUUUUUAAUUGGGAAAAUCUCAGCGUAUACGCAGCGUGACCCGAGGGUGUAGCUACAUCAGUAGGAGUGUCGGCAGAUGGGGGAGGGCGGGCGGACGUGUGUGUCAGAUGCCAGUCACAGGGGCAUCUGUGUUUGACUUACAGAGAAGGAAAGGGGGGUGGUAUCGCUGCAUCUUUGGGGGACAAAAACUAGUGCAAUUCGGUUAGUUUAGAAAGCAAAGUCAAAGCCUACGUCAGUCUGUGGAGCCUGCCCCAGGAUUCCCGGCCCUGAGUGUUACCCCAGGAACCAACAGCUCUAGGACCCCUGUCGUUUCUCCAAGAGCUUUGUCACCUGAGGGCUGUAACGUCACUGUCAGAGUCCUGGCCCUGGGACACAGCACAGGUGGUAGGAAAGGGUUUUCUCGAUCGAAGGGUAUUCUGUGUUGCCUGAUGGAUGGACAGAAAUGUGUUUUUCAGAUCAAAAAGCCUUCUGUAGGAUUUCCCUGAAUAUCUGGCUCCCUGUCUCCCCAGGCCAGCACGGUUUUGUUUUCCUCUCUUCUCGUGUCUUCUGUCUACUUUGUGUGAUCAGAAUAUGGGGGGACUUGGGAAGGAAUGUUCCUUAAGGAGCAGCGGGGGUCAGGAAAGGUAGGGUCGAAGCAAACACUUAAGUACAAGCAGAUCAUCCUCAUCAAACAGCCCUUGCUGUAAGCCAGAUAGGAUUUCUAAGCAGGAAUUAAACAGACCUUGUCCCUAUAUUCCAGGAGUGUGUGUGUGGAGAAAAGAAGCGUGAUUGUACAGUUUUCCUCUCAGGGGUUGGGGGUGGUGGAGUCUUUCACAGAAACUCAGUGACGUUGCCUUGCAAACUUUCCGAGCUUGGGGGUGAACACGAGAGCUGCCUAAAGUGAACAGGAUUGCAAGUGUGUAUUUUGAAUCAUGGAACUAAGCUCAGAAGGUCCGUUGUGACUGAGGGCAGAGAGGGCUUCGUGGUGAUUCCCACUGUGGUUCUGGUCGCCUGGGCCUAGCCAGGAGACCGAAAUGUGGCUGCAUCAGGAAAGUUUCCUCAUGCUUGGAGCGCCAGCUGGUUGGUAGCUUCCAGUGCCCGGGUGUGUCAGGGGUCUCCUGGGGGGGGGACAGUUUCAGUCUCUGGUGGUGGUUUUCUUACCUCCGCCUGGGAAGGGUCAGCCAGAAACCACAAGAUCUGGGGGCGGCGCUUAAUAUCCUGGCUUUGGAAACCUGAAGUCUUUACUCAGAAACGGUUGUUUUCCCUCUCCUGUGCCGUUUUCACUUCCUCAGUGCCCCGUGAAGAAGCGAGCGUUCUCUUGAUGCACUUUUCUUAGCCCUGUGUGGUGCCCAGCCCGCCUUCCACAGGCCUGGUCCUGGCUUCGCGAGGGGUAGGAGCAGGAAUGUUCCUAGCCGCUGCCGCCACUGCCGCCUCCGUGGGCAUUUUAGGGACGGGUCCCCAUGUCUUCCGUCUCCAGGAGCAGGGAAAUCCAUGCGAAGUGCUCAUUUAAGGGACCUUUUUCUUUUUCUUGCCUUUUUUUUUUUUUUUUUUUUUUAACUUGGAGACGGGAAGGAAGUUUCAGGAAGGAUGGACAUGUUUUUAAGACUUUGUUUUCCUACAUAUAAACACUCCCAGCUUCAGAAAUGUGUCCUUUCCUGCUGUGGUCAAAUCCCCGUCAGGGCACUUCCGUCAGGGGGACACUUGGGCUGUUUGGCCUGCAAGUGGACAUUCUUGACGUGGCCGUAGACUUUUUAGCAAGAACUAAACGAAGCCUGAUGAGACAUCCUGUGUGUACGGGAAGCAAGGAAACGAGUGAGUGAAGGCGUGAGGGAGGACACGGACACGCGUGGGCUGGCACCGCACUCCCACACAACCACUCCCCCCAGCCGGGCGCUAGCCGUCUCUCAGGGUGUGGGCCGGAGCACUGGGCUUCUCUGUGGGAUGGGGCGUCUUUAAAUCCCGUGCCUCCAGACUCUCUCAGAGCGGCCAAGGGGCCGCACCUUUACAGGGCCGACCCUUCUGGAACAGGAAGGUCCAGGAGAGGUGUGGUGGUUUAGAAAUGAAGGUCGGCCAGGCCCUCCUAGCAAGCAGCUCGUCUGCCCACAUCCUGCAUGGUGGCUGGCACAGGGUCUGAAACCAGGCCGGUGAUUCAGGAAAAGCAAAACCCCAGCCCGGGAUGGGGAAGACAGGUGGUAGUUCAGGUUUUGACAACAUUAUUCGAGCUCUGUACCCUGUACUGUAGAAUUGUCUUCUCUUCCUCUGUCACGUCUUAGCCGUGACCAGCAUUCAGGUGCACUCUUGAGUCAGGACGACUGACCCGAGGCCAGAGUCCUGAAGGGUCACCAGCCCACAGCCCCCUUCCUGCAGCCCGGUUUCCACAGGCCCCUGGGCCCAGUGUGAUGCGGUGUUCAAAGGUGAAGCCCUUCCCGGAUCUCGGGGAUCCACAGGAAGCAUGGGGCACAUCUUAGAGCCAUGGAGCCACCGUGGUAUUUAUAGCCUUGCUUCAUGCUGCUCCCUGUUUCUGCCUCCGCAAAAUACCCUGCUUCCUCGGAGAAGUCUGCGUGCAGUGGGAGGGCUGCUGGCGUGAAACUUCAGGAAGGGGAGGGUCGCUUCCCUUUAAUAGUCUGUGUGUGUUGUAGAAAAUCAGUUCUUGGACCACAAGAACAAUCGUUGAUCUCUUAAUCCUGGCUCUUAACAGUGGCCGAAGAUUCCAUCAGCCUAGUCCUUGGUCCCUGGAUGCUUUAAAAUUCCAGUAGCAAUGCAUUUCAUGCUGCUGAAUGUGACUGGUGAAUUGGUGGCCCGUUCUGCCGGAAGGAGAAGCUCGCUCUGGUGUACAAGGUGGUUUCUCAGAUCAUAGCCCGAGUCAUCUCAGUUUUCUUUCAAGAAACCACUUGAGAGUAAAAUUUCCAGGCGUUCGCCCCAGGCGUGUCCAGCCGGCCAAAGAAGCACUCCGUCUCCUCACAGGUCCACUUCGUGUGACUGUCAUGGCAGCAUUUCCAUCUCGCGUUACGAUCUCAUCAGGCUCUCUGCUCUCUGUUCCACAACCUGCCCUCCCCUCUCUCUUUUCCUCCCCUUCCCCCCUCCUUUGAGCCCACAUGUCUUGAUCCCACAUAGGCUCAGUCUUGGGAAUACAGGCUGCAGGCUUUGGUGCAUUGCAGCAUUUUCUCCCAGCAGCUAUGUGAAGGGUGUCUUUUCUGAGCUAAGGGGAAUUUUAUCAAGAGAGUGCCUACUAAUGCCGUGUAGUGUUGCCUUGGACCGUGUGUGAUGUCCAUCCCUGCACUAAAAUGUAUGUCUUGUUUCAGUACUUAAGGGUGUACUACAAGGAGCCGGUCCUUACGGACCAAGGAAGUGUAAAAGAUGCCUGUUUUCACUGCAGGCGUCGUUCUGGUCAUCUCCCCCACCCUGAGGAAGGCCUGAGAACAUCAGACAGUCUGAUGAGGUGGUUGGCCCUGUUCCAUACACCCGGCAGAGCAGGAGAAACGUUCACGCUUCCUGCUGCCAACCUGCUGAUUUUCAAAGUCGGCAGCAAAUCGCAGCCCACCUCCGCCAUGGCACACGCCACGCCUCACUCAGCCUUAGCUUUCCUCUGACCCACCCCUUGCCUUCUAACAGGUUCAGAUACGUAGAGCCCGUUAGGAUUCACUAAAUUAAUGGCUUCCCCACUGAAGAAGUUAGGCUCUGACUCGGUACCACUUGGUGUAUCAGAAAGGUGUUCAUCUGGAACCCACCAAAUGUUCUCCAACAUCUGCUCUUUACUCGGCUUUCUCUAGGGUGUUUUCGGCAGGAAGUCUUUAAAACAGACCCACCUGAAUGGAUGCUAAUAGUUGUCACCACCUGGAAUGUAGUUUUGGGUUUUUUUUGUGUUUUUUUUUAAGGAGGGCGAAGCGCAGAGCUGCCCAUGUGGGGAUCAAACCGGCAACCGUGGUGUUGUUAGCAUCACGCUCUAACCAACUGAGCUAACUGGCGACCUGAUCACACUCCGGAUUCCCCAGGGGCCUUUGUAGCCUGGCAGUGCAUCUGUGCGCUCUCUGCGUGGUUGAUGCUUGGGAAGUAGAUAAUGUUUUUCAGUGGCUCACUGCUAGCGCGUGGGACAUGCAUGUCCCCUGAGAUGCUGUGUGAAGAAAGCACACAGAGGGAGAGGGACGAGGAGGUGGCGGAACCAGGAUUUGGUCCUCUUGCACCAGGGACCUGUUGGGAUCGUGGCGGCAGGAAGUCUGCAGCCCAGCCAUUUGGGAAGGAGGCAAUCUGGAAAGUCAGUAAAUGUCAACGCAAAACAGAAGGGCCCACUCACUCCUAAGACGGGCAGCUUCCUGAGAGGCAAGGGGUGAGGUUUUGUAGUGGGCAGCCACAGUGGGGGCAGGGGCAGCCGCCUUCUUAGCACGUAAGAUACUUAUUAACAAAAGGAUCCAAAAGCGCUGGCCACACAAGGGGGUUUCUCGAUGCCUGGCAGUAAAUGCAGAUCGUCAGUUGGAUUUGCUUAGUCACGUGGCCUCAGAAGACAGCAGACACGUCUAAUCCAGAAAUAAGUUUCAUUUGGGGGAGAAGAUGUCUGUAAAUAUCAUUUGCUUUCCAGGUUAGGUUGGAAUGCAGGAGUGUUCAGUAUUUUUUUUUAACACUAAUGAUCACUGAAGAGUAUUUAUGUAAACAUGUACCAGGUGGGGGUUCCGAUCAGGGUGAUGGGUGGGAUGGGUUCUCUUGCUGUGAUGCAAACAUGUAAAAUAAAGAUUCUAUGAAGAAAA